CAGUAAUGAUCAGGGGACUGAAGAGGGAACACAGACAUGGAGACCAAAGUGAAUAAGAGGGAACAGUGGACGAGGAAAAGGGAAUAUAUUCUGGCAGCAGCAGGCAAUCUGGUGGGUCUGGGCAAUGUGUGGAGAUUCCCCUACCUGUGCUAUAAGAACGGAGGAGGUGUCUUCCUGUUGCCUUACUGCUUCUUUGCUGUGCUGUGUGGCGUGCCAAUCUUCCUGCUGGAGGCUGUGAUUGGUCAGUACACACAGGAGGGCGCCGUCACCUGCUGGACCAAGCUCUGCCCGCUGGCACAGGGGACUGGCUAUUCUAUCUUAGUGAUCCAGUUUUUUUCCAGAACCUACAGCAUUAUCCUGGCCUGGGCCCUCCUCUACCUCAUCUAUUGUUUCAGAGACCCUCUGCCCUGGGCCACCUGCGACAAUCCCUGGAACACAGAGAGAUGUGUGGACCUCACCUCAGCAAACUGGACAGCAAUGCACAGUGGCAACCAGACAGUAAACUGGACAACUGGAAAUCUCACCAAGUCUUCAGUCUCUGAGUUUUGGGAGAGAGGAGUGUUGUCCAUGUCUGGGGGAAUAGAGGAGGUCGGUACAGUAAAGUGGGAGCUGCUGCUCUGUCUCCUGGCCUGCUGGGUGGCCUGCUACUUCUGCGUCUGGAAAGGGGUCCGUUCCGCAGGAAAGGUGGUGUAUUUCACGGCUGUGUUCCCCUAUGUGACGCUGGCCAUCCUGCUGAUCAGGGGGGUGACGCUGCCAGGAGCCUGGCAGGGUGUGGUCUACUACCUGUAUCCAGAUCCUUCUCGCCUGGCAGACUUGCAGGUGUGGAUGGAGGCUUGCGCUCAGGUCCUCUUCUCCUAUGGUGUUGCAUCAGGAUCCUUAAUCACAAUGGGCAGCUACAACAAAGUCAAGAACAACUGUUACAAGGACAGUCUGCUGUUGUGUGCGCUCAAUAGUGGCACCAGCUUUGUUGCCGGCUUCGCAGUCUUCUCAGCUCUGGGCUUCAUGGCCCAAAAACAGGGAAUUCCCAUCGACAUGGUGGUCGAUUCAGGCCCUGGGCUGGCGUUCAUCGCAUUUCCUCAGGCCUUAGCCAUGAUGCCUCUCCCUCAGCUGUGGGCCGCCUGCUUCUUCCUUAUGCUCAUUCUGUUGGGACUGGACACACUGUUUGCAGGUUUGGAAACUAUAACGUCGGCAGUCAUUGACAUGUUUCCAGGACAGAUGCGUAGACCCUGGCGCAGAGAAAUCUUCCUCAUCUUCUUCUGCUCCAUCAGCUUCAUCGUACAGAUCUCUCUAUGCACUCAGGGAGGAGUGUACCUGUUCCAGCUGGUUGAUUACUAUGGUGCUAAUGGAGCAUGUAUAUUAUUUGUGUCUGUGGUCCAGUGUGUGGCUGUUGGCUGGGCCUUUGGGGCUGACCGGAUGUGUGAUGCAAUUGAAGAUAUGUCAGGACAGAGGCCGUUGCUUCUUUUCAAAGUGUGCUGGCGUUACAUCACCCCUCUGAUCUGCGUGGUUUGCUUCAUCGGCUUCUUUGUGACCUACCAGCCCCUGGCAUCCAGCGGGGGCUAUGUGUACCCAAACUGGGCCUGCGGUCUGGGCUGGGCCAUGGCCCUCUCCUCGGUGGUUGCAGUACCCAUCUGGGCAGUCUGCAAGAUAUGCCUCACAGAGGGCACCCUCAGACAGCGUCUGUUGGUCCUGUGGCAUCCUGUCAGAGAUCCUGUUGGUCCCAUGACAAACAAAGAACAUAUCCUAAAUGACACAGAGAUGAAACCAAUGUCCGGCCCUUUCACUGACAUGUUAUGAGUCAAUAUGAAAUGUGCGUCUGGAUUUCUGUAUGUGAAAGGCUGCUAAAAGAAGAGCAUGUUACUUAUUCCUGUGGAGCUUUUUGUUAUUUUUAUAUUCACUGUUUCUCAGCAAAACUCAUAGUUUGUAACCUGAGGCCUUUUGAAAUAUCUGCACUUCCUUCAUCAUAAUGAAUUUAAAGUCACCAGGAAAACAA